CCAAAUUACGUUCUGAACAAAAUAUAUUAAAUUAAAUAAAUAUUAAUCAAUACGAGCACUUCUUCAUUCGCGGCUUUUUUAAUAUUUCGUGCAAGAGCCUCCUCGAUUUUGUCCUUACUAGCUUUGUAGGCAUAAGCCUCAGAACUCUCUCUGUCUGCUCUUGAACUUCCAAUCGCCGAGUUACAUCAAAAAGCACUUCUUUCCAUUGACACCUGUCGUCUUCCUCUGCCAAAGCUGCGACGUCUCCCAUGUCACAUUGAGAUUCGACAGCGACUCUUUCUCCUCACUCUUCACCCCCAAUGCGCGCCUUGUUCUGCUUUUCUAAACUCGGCGCCUUCCAGGGAGAAGAGGAGCUUCAAGAAGCCAUUCCAUGGCGUCUCUGACUCCGGGAGUGCUCUCCAAGCUUCUGGAGAAUGCCGGAAACAAGAAUGUGAGGGUCACCGGCGAGCACCGUUCUGCUCUGCUUCAGGUGAUCGAGAUUGUGCCCUGUUUCGCCGGGGGAGACGAUCCCUGGCAGAGCAGAGGGUACUUCCUUAAAGUCUCCGACUCCAAGCACUCCGCUUACGUUUCCAUUUCUGACGAGGAUGUGGAUUUGAUUUACAGCGACAAGAUCCAACUGGGUCAGUUCGUUUACGUCGCUCGACUCGACCUCGACUCAACUUCCCCUGUUCCUGUUCUUUCCGGCUUGAAACCUGUUCCGAACAGAAGGCCCUGUCUUGGAAAUCCUGUAGAUUUGAACUCAAGUGAUUCUCUAACUAUUGGUUCAAAUCUCGAUUUCAGAAAACCCAAGAAAGGAAGCAGGAAUGUAGUGAAGAAAAUGGUGGGUGUUGAUGAGAAGGUAAAGUCGAAGAAAGGUUCGCCAUUAAAGAACAAGGCUUCGGAGAUGAGGAGAUUGAGUUUGGAUUCAGCUAGAAGGGCUUGGGAUCAGGGUCCUGGUACUCCCACGUCGCGAUUCAAAUCGAAAUCUACCUCGACUCCGUCAAAUUUGAUUGACAAGAAGGCUUCUCUUAAAAUUGAUUCUCCACUCAAGUCUCCAAACCCAACUAUCUCACCUUUAAAGAAUAAAAAUGAGAACUUUUCUCCAAAAUUGACGAGCACACCUCAGCAAAAAAGAACCAAGUCGUUGCCUUCUGUGGGUAAUGUUCACAGCAAUCUUGUUAAAGUGCCUCUCAACAUCAAGCCUCAGUAUGAUCCGUCUACAGCUUGGGAUAGUCUUCCUCCUAUUCUUUGUAAUCUUGGAAAGAAAGUUGCAAGUCAUAGGAACAUUGCCCUUUUCGCCGCUGUAGGUGCUCUUGAAGAAGCUUCAGCUGCUGAUAGCGUGAUCCAAUGCAUGUGUGUCUUCACGGAACUCUGUCAGUCUUCUCAGACACUUUCUGCUGGAUCACUUGUGGAAAAGUUUCUGGACCUUCAUCUGAAUUUGCAGAGAGCGACAAUGGUGCUUGAUUCUAUACUAAUCCCCACUCCUGAGAAAAAGACAAGUGAAGAUGUGUUUUGCAGAGCUCCUCCUACCAAGAACGCUAUGAGUUGGGCACAAGCUGCCUUGCAGACUAAUCUUUCCACGUUCAAUCUGUUCAGGACACUGAGGACAGAAGGAAAAGUGGAAUCUUUAAAUGGUGAAAAAUGUCAUUAUGUUGUCAUAGAAAAUCCUCAUGAUAAAAUGAACACUGAAAACACUUCUCAAAGCAAGCAGAAGCCUAAUACAAGUGUUAAAAGAGUUCCUUCUUCCAAGAGGCAUCCACAAGUAGCCAAGAACAAGGACGCUGUAAAAGUGGAUCAAGGAAGAGAAAGCAGACUGAAAGAGGCAGCAAGUUUGGCAGAGAAACUGCUCAUGGCUUCCCAGGAAUGGUUUUUGAAGUACUUGGAGGGUUCUUUGGAUAGUGGAUUUGGGUUAAGAAGUGAGGAAGGAAAGAGUGAAAUAGCAAGCCUUCUUGGACAGCUCAAGAAGGUGAAUCACUGGUUAGAUGCUCUGGUUGGUGGAGUAGACAAGGAUGAUUGUAGGGUAGAAAACCUAAGGAAAAGUUUAUAUGGAUUUCUGUUAGAGCAUGUUAAUUCUGCCAUCGCCUCUAGCAAGUAAUAAGAAAAUGUCCAAGAACCACAGACAUUGACAUAGAUACACAAGAUGGUAUGAAACAGCUUCUGCAACAUGACAAAUUACAUAGUGUAUCAGAUAUGAUACAAUGUCGUAUUUGAAGAAUUGGUUCUUCAUGAAGAGAAUUAAUUAAAAAAAUUAGAGUUUCUCAUCUGACACGUUGCUUCUCAUUUCUGACUGCUGACACAAGUAGGUAAGAGUGUUAAAGUUUCAUCCGAGGAUGCAUCUCUGUCCUUGUUACGGCUAAUCUAAUCUAAUCUAAUCUCAUCAGGCAACAAAUAUUUGUGCCCAAGUUUUUUUCUUUUAUUUUUUUUUAAAUUUUUGAGCUGUGCUCUGAUCGUGUGUAUAACUGUUAGUCUAAAUCCACGUUACAUGCUUUAGCUGCAGAUUUGGCUGUUGUGUGAAUUAUUCCCUCUAUUUGGAUUUAUUCGUUAUCUUGGCUUUUCCUUGCUUCCUAGCAAGCUGUGUCCCUGGAAGUCAACUCCGUGCUGGUUCUUGGGGAUUGAUUUAAUCAAUUUAUUUAUGUAAACUACAGUUAUCCAAGAAUCUCUUGAUUUCAUUGAGCAUUGCCAAGUUAUAAAAUAAGACGCUACAUGGAACAUAGAAGCCAAGCAUUUCAUGUUUUAAAGAGGAUGAAGUUUGUGGAAUCUGUGUUGGAGGAAGUUGAUGAUCUGGGAGGUGCUGUCUUCUCUGCAGAUCUUGACGAGGAUUUCAUUCCU